AUGUCCAGCCUCGCUCCCGUUGCUCGUCACACCACGUACGCAAGCUGCACACACCACGGCACCACGCAUCAAUUGAUCGGCGUCGAGAUGUACCAGGCGAUCCCGUACAGCGCCGCCCGGCUGCCGGCGUGGUCGCGGCGGUCCGAGCCGGCCGAGGUCGUCGGCACGGCUGGUCAGGAGAAUAGGCGAGCAGGCGAUGGCGGGGAGGCGGUGAGGAGGGCGGUGGCGGAGAGCCCGGUGCUGGUGGUGGGGAGGCGCGGGUGCUGCCUCAGCCACGUGGUGGAGCGGCUGCUGCAGGGGCUCGGGGUGAACCCCGCCGUGCACGAGGUCGCCGACGAGGCCGAGCUCGCCGGGGCUCCCGGUGGCGAGGCCGUUUUCGCGCUGCCGGCCGUGUUCGUGGGCGGGAGGCUCCUCGGCGGGCUCGACCGGCUCAUGGCCGUGCACAUCUCCGGCGAGCUCGUGCCCAUGCUCAAGGACGCCGGCGCGCUCUGGCUGUGA